AUGCUCGGCUUUGCCAAAACCCUUCUUCUUGCUACCCAGCUGGCAUAUUUUGCCAGUGCGUCGCCCACCCUCAACAAUAACAAUAAACUUACGAGCAAAUGGCCCGUGUGUAUCCCUCCCCCAACACAAGUCUCAACCAAGCGAACGCCGACUGAGAAGCGAGACGCCAGCGUUGAGACUCCGUUGCCCACCCAGCCAGGCAUGGUUGGCAACUGCAACAAGUUCUGCUGGAUAGAGAAUGGCGACAACUGCGAGCAGAUUGCUGAGAGCAAUGACAUUACCACUAAGCAAUUCAUCCAGUGGAACAAAGGCGCUGGUCCGAAUUGCCUCACUCUCUGGGCGAAAACAUAUGGUUGCGUGGGCGUUACGGACUCGUAA